AAGUCAAAAAUAAAUAAAUAUUUGGCGGGAACGUGUUGUAUGAACCACCAUUUUCCCUGUCUUCUUCUCCGACCCAACAACAAAAGAUGGAGUCGAACUCAGAUUCAGAUUCCGACGGAUCUCACGUCUCUACAACUCCUCCAAGACAGCCAAAUCCACCGCCAUUACCAUUACCACCAAAACCACACCUUCCAAUUUCCAACAAAAAAUCAAAACCAAAAUCCAAAACCAAAACCAAACCCUCAAAAUCCAAUAAAAACCCUCCCAAACCCCCCGAAACUAUCCCCCAACAAGACCCUUUCCCUUUCCCACUCCCUUCCUUCCCUUUCCAUAUCCGACGACCGUCCGACGCCGCUUCAUCUUCAUCUUCCCACUCAAUCGAAACCCUCCCCGCUGGAUUCUUCUCCAAAUCAAUUUCCUUCUCCAAAAUUCGAAAACCCUUACUCAAUCUAGAAUCUUCCGACAACGAACCUGUUCUUAAUCCCCCCAUAACCGCUAAAUUCGCGAAGAAACACCCUAACUUGAUAGGUUCCAGUGUUCCAAUUCCGACGGUGAAGGUACUGAGAGGCACCGGAGAAGGUAAUUUUGUGAAGUUGAAUCUUAAUGGUAAGAGGAAAAAGUUUUUGAACAAAGGGUGGAAUAAAAAUGGAAAAUUUGGCAGUGGUAAAAGGUUUAGAAGAAAUAGUAAUAAUUAUAGUAGUAGAAGUAAACGCACGAAAUUGGAAGAUGAAGGGAAUGAUAAUGAGGAAGAUGAUUUAGCUUCAGAGAAUGCAAAGCAACAAGAGAAGCAAAAGGGUUGUGAAAAUGACUGCAAAGUGUUGGAGGAGGCUGUGUUGGCAGCAAGAGAUGAAGCUUCUGAUGAGAAUUUGGUGAAGUUGUUGAAAUUGAUUCAUGGUUAUGAUUCUUUUCGAGAGGGGCAACUCGAGGCUAUUAAGAUGGUUCUUGCUGGCAAAUCGACUAUGCUUAUUUUGCCGACUGGUGCUGGGAAGUCGUUGUGUUAUCAGUUGAGUGCAUUGAUUUUGCCUGGGAUUACACUUGUUGUUAGUCCAUUGAUAGCUUUGAUGAUUGAUCAGCUUAGGCAAUUGCCUCCUCUUAUUAGUGGUGCUCUCCUUAGCAGUGCUCAGACGUUUGACGAAUCAUCUGAAACGCUCAACCAGCUUCGACAAGGCACAAUAAAGGUGCUUUUUGUUUCACCGGAGCGGUUCUUGAAUGAAGAGUUUCUAUCUGUUAUCUCUGCUGUGUCAGCCGUCUCACUCGUUGUUAUUGACGAGGCGCAUUGUAUAUCUGAAUGGUCUCACAAUUUCCGACCUUCAUUCAUGAGACUUAGAGCAUCACUACUUCAUAACAGUCUUAAUGUAGGUUCCGUUCUUGCAAUGACAGCUACUGCUACAGCCAUGACUUUAGAUGCCAUCAUGUCUGCUUUAGAAAUUCCUCGCACAAAUCUUAUUCAGAAUGCACACUUAAGGGACAAUUUGCGUUUGUCGGUGUCUUUAGUAAAAAAUAGAAUGAAAGACCUACUGGUUCUGAUAAAGUCUUCUCCUUUUGCGGAAGUUAAAAGCAUCAUAGUAUACUGCAAAUUUCAGUCCGAAACUGAUCUAAUUAGCAGAUACUUGAAUGAUCACAGUAUCUUAGCAAAGAGUUAUCAUAGUGGUAUUUCUGCAAAGGAACGUGGUAACGUACAAGAGUUGUUUGGUUCAAACAAGAUCAGAGUGGUUGUUGCAACUGUGGCAUUUGGCAUGGGACUAGAUAAAAGUGAUGUUGGAGCAGUAAUUCAUUACAGUUUACCCGAAAGUCUGGAAGAGUAUGUACAGGAGAUAGGACGUGCUGGAAGGGAUGGGAGAUUGUCCUAUUGCCACCUAUUUUAUGAUGAUGAGAUGUAUUUCAAACUUCGUAGUCUAAUGUACAGUGAAGGAGUAGAUGAAUAUGCAGUGAAUAAAUUUCUGUCUGAAGUGUUUCCUACUGACAAAAACUCCUGUGGGAAAAUCUGUUCGUUCGUCAAAGAAUCUGCUUCACGCAGGUUUGAUAUGAAAGAAGAGGUGAUGCUCACAGUUUUGACACGCUUGGAGCUGGGCGAUGUGCAGUACAUACAUUUACUUCCACAGACAAAUGCUACUUGUGUUCUGAAUUUUCAUAAGACUCCAGCUGUGUCCCUUGCCCAAAAGAUUUCUGCUAUUGCUGUAAUUCUGAAAAGAUCUGAAAAUAAGCAUGGUCAACAUAUUUUUGAUAUUCCAACUGUGGCAAAUGACAUGGGAAUCACACCAGUUGAAUUAACAAAUCAGUUGUAUGAACUAAAGUUGAAGGGAGAAAUAACUUAUGAAAUGAAGGACAUGGCCUACUGUUAUAGGAUUCUUGAAGUCCCAGCAGACUUUUUUUCUCUAUCGGCAGAUAUUACCCAAUGGUUAUCUGAAGUUGAAAGUUGUAAGGUACGAAAAAUGGAUGCAAUGUUUAACGCUGCAUAUUUUGCAGUAAAUUUAUGUGAUAAGAUGAACGGUUGCAGUAGUGCGGAUCACACACCAUGCCUACAAAGAAUGAUAUUGGAUUACUUUGCUGGAGUUGAUAAUACUGAUUUCUGCACGAAAAUUGGUCACAGCAGUCCUUUCCUGCGAGCAGAUAUAAAGGUCUUUCUACAGAGCAAUACACAUGCUCGAUUUACACCACGGGCUGUUGCGAGGGUAAUGCACGGAAUUGCAAGCCCAGCCUACCCUUAUGCAACAUGGGGUAAAACCCAUUUCUGGGGAAGGUAUACCAAGAUAAACUUUAAGGUGGUAAUGGAAGCAGCAAAGGAAGAACUUAAAAAUUUUAUUGGAAAAGAUAUGCUCUAAUGAUUUAUGGUUGAUUUUACCAUCAACCAAAUUUGCACCGAGGCCCUUACUGGUGAAGAUGUUUGUGCAUUGAGUUGGGGAAGGAGGGUGCUCAAUUUUCAUGACCUGUGCAGUUGUUUCGCGCCAUGUUAUCAUUGUAAAAAUUGUGGCGCCAGCACACGUCUGUCACCUUAGGCUGAGACAGAAGCGAAAGGAAAUUGAAUCUCUGCCUCACUAUCUGUGCAACCUAGAUGGAAGGAAUCAAGGAUUUACAAUGUUUAUUUCUGAUUUUUUGUUGUUAUCUCCUUGUCCUAGAGAGUAAUCCCUCAGGUCAAAAGGAAAAAAGUUGAUGAACUCAACUUUAAGGUUUUCCUCUUAUUUUUCUCCUAUGUAGAGUAAUGAAUGAUGCUAUUUAUUAACAGACUCACAUGUAUAGUGCAUUAGUAUUUUUAUCAUGGGUAAAAUAUAUGUUUUACUUGUGUUGAAAGUGUUUGAUUCUAAAGUUGAAAAAAAUUAGUACU